GCAAUACAUUUGAGAUACUCGAUCAGUGGUGGAAAAGCCAAUUGCAAAGCUGGAAAGGAAAAGCUGUCUUUCUGCACCACUCCCUGCCACUGCACACACCACUCUCUCAUCUCAUCACUCCUCCCUCAUCUUCCCCCUCCCUAUCCAUUCAAUCAAUUUUCAAUCUCUCUUAUUAUCAUCAUCAUUACUCAUUACUCCUCCACAACAAAUCACACACAUUCAAUUCAAUCUCCUAAGUCACAAUACUUUACUACUUGUAUCAAAAAUUUCAACAUCACAGGAACAUUAUAGUAUAUUACCCAAAUUAAUUAAUUCCUACUAAACUCUUCUCACUUCCUUCCUCAAUUCGCUUUCUUCUCACGCAUUCCUUACUCUCACUAACACUCAUUCUAAACAAGAUUCCUUUUUUCUAUAAGGAAACCCUAGAAAUCAUAUUAUACUAUUUCAUUCCUUUCUUAUAUACACUCAUUAAUCAUCACCGUUUUAAUUCCGGAGGAAGAGAGGGUUUUCUAUUUUUCCGUGGUUGAAAAAAAAUGCAGUGGAUUAUAAGAUUCUCACGGUUUUUCUCAGCCGCAAUGUUGGUAAUCUUUCUCUCUCCUUCUCUCCAAUCCUAUCCUCCCGCCGAAGCGAUUCGAUCUUCCUAUCAUAUCCCUCACGAUUACCGAUUCUCGUUCCGGAAUUCGCCUUCUUUCCAUAAUGCCGAUGAAUGCGAUUCGGUUUCAGAUAAAAUCAGUGUUUGUGACCCUAGUUUGGUUCAUGUUGCGAUAACCCUAGAUAUUGACUACUUACGCGGUUCAAUCGCGGCGGUUCAUUCGAUUCUGCGUCACGCUUUUUGUCCGGAGAGUAUUUUCUUUCACUUCCUUGUGACAGACACGAAUCUGGAGGCGUUGGUUCAGUCGACUUUCCCGGAGUUGAAGUUCAAGGUUUAUUACUUCGAUCCGAGUGUUGUGAAGGGUUUGAUUUCGAGUUCGGUGAGGCAGGCGUUGGAGCAACCGUUGAAUUACGCGAGGAAUUAUCUGGCGGAUCUGUUGGAGAGUUGUGUGAGGAGAGUGAUUUAUUUGGACUCAGAUCUUGUUGUUGUGGAUGAUGUUGCGAAGCUUUGGGGUACGGAUUUGGGGGUGAAGACGAUAGGGGCGCCGGAGUAUUGUCAUGCGAAUUUUACGAAGUAUUUCACGGCGGGGUUUUGGUCGGAGAAAGGUUUUGCGGCGACGUUUGAGGGGAGGAAGGUUUGUUACUUCAAUACUGGAGUGAUGGUUAUGGAUCUGGUGCGGUGGAGGAAAGAAGGGUACACGAAGAAGAUAGAAAAAUGGAUGGAGAUUCAGAAGAGUGAGAGGAUCUAUGAGCUUGGUUCUCUGCCACCGUUUUUGCUGGUUUUUGCAGGACGUGUGGCGGGGAUUGAACACCGGUGGAAUCAACAUGGUUUGGGUGGUGAUAAUGUGAAGGGUAGUUGCAGAGAUUUGCAUGCUGGGCCUGUGAGUUUGCUGCAUUGGUCUGGGAGUGGGAAGCCAUGGAUUCGACUUGAUUCUAGAAACCCUUGUCCUCUUGAUGCUCUUUGGGCACCGUUUGAUUUGUAUGAACACGGGCACGGACUCGGACAUGGACACAUUCAUGAAUCAUCAUCAUCAUAGAAAGACAGAGACACAACGUGUAAUGGCUGGUGGUGUCUGGCAAGGCAGUAAGUAGGCACUGGCCUUUCAGUGAUUUUAGUGUUUUAUCUGUUGAAUUUGUGUAUGUUGGGAAGUGGCAUGUUGCGAAAGGGAACAAAGAAAGAUACUCGAAAUUUUAUUUAUUGUAUGUAUCUAUGGUGGAAGUGGAAGACACGUAUUUUGGUGGAUAGCUUAGCUGUCCACGUCUGCAAUAAGUUAAUGUGAAAAGGAAUUUGAAGCAAUUGGGCAAGAGACAUGAUUCACAUGAAGUAUCUAAUUUAGUCGGCAGAGGUAUCAAAAACAAACAAUCCAACGAGGGAAGCUAAGUUAAGGUAUAUGGAUUUUAUUGGCAGUGAAGCUAAGUUUGCGGGCACUCUGAGGAAAGAGUGGUUUGGUUUGGUGACAGGGGAGAAGGGAACGGAACGUUUUGUGCACUUUGUGAAUUUUUGUAUUGGAUUGAUUGGAUUAUUCUAUUCAAUUUUUUAUUGUCUGUCCGUCACUGUCACUUUGUCCUUUACACCGCUUGCAUAAUAGCUGGCAUUGUAAUGCUUUGUUCUGUUUUUUCUUCCACCGUCAGAUUAAUUAUGCUGCUGCAUUUUUGGCCUCACAAUAAAUAAAUAUUAUAUCAAACUUGCAUGUCCUUUUCUUCUACGAUCCUGACACUAUUGUAUUGUUUAAUAUUACUUUUAAAAUAAACGGAAAUGUUUUU